AUGAAUGGGUCUGAAUGGAAUUGGACAAAAGCCUUAAGGAGCACAGUCCUCCUUUUUGAUGAAUUAAAAAGAGAACAAGUUGGAAUAGAGAAGUUUCAAAAAAAUUACAUUUCCAGGGCUGUAUUAGUGGAUCUCGAGCCUGGUACCAUGGACUCGGUACGCGCAGGCCCAUUCGGACAGUUGUUCCGCCCAGAUAAUUACGUCUUUGGACAAUCUGGCGCUGGCAACAACUGGGCUAAAGGUCACUACACAGAAGGUGCAGAACUUGUCGACAGUGUGCUCGAUGUGGUGAGAAAAGAAGCCGAGGGUUGUGAUUGCCUCCAGGGUUUCCAAAUGACGCAUUCUCUUGGCGGUGGCACAGGUUCCGGUAUGGGUACGCUGCUGAUUUCGAAGAUUCGUGAAGAAUAUCCCGACAGAAUUAUGAAUACAUUUUCGGUGGUGCCCAGCCCGAAAGUCUCUGACACGGUAGUGGAACCCUACAAUGCCACUCUUUCGGUCCAUCAGCUCGUUGAGAACACCGACGAGACGUUCUGCAUCGAUAAUGAAGCUUUGUAUGAUAUCUGCUUUCGCACUCUGAAGCUUACUACGCCAACCUAUGGUGAUCUGAAUCAUCUGGUAUCGGCCACCAUGAGCGGUGUGACUACAUGUCUUCGCUUCCCUGGACAGCUGAACGCAGAUCUCCGUAAGCUAGCCGUCAACAUGGUGCCGUUCCCGCGCCUACACUUCUUCAUGCCCGGCUUUGCCCCACUAACUUCAAGAAGCAACCAGCAGUAUCGCGCCGUAUCGGUUUCCGAAUUGACACAGCAGUGUUUCGAUGCGAAGAAUAUGAUGGCAGCAUGUGAUCCACGUCAUGGUAGAUAUUUAACAGCGGCUGCCAUUUUCCGUGGCCGAAUGAGCAUGAAGGAAGUCGACGAGCAGAUGCUGAACAUCCAGAAUAAAAACUCUUCGUAUUUCGUCGAUUGGAUUCCGAAUAACGUAAAGACUGCCGUUUGUGAUAUACCUCCACGCGGUUUGAAAAUGUCUGCGACUUUCAUCGGUAACUCGACCGCUAUUCAGGAACUCUUCAAGAGAAUUUCAGAGCAAUUCACUGGUGAGCCCAUCUUGUCGUGGCACUAA